AUGGCGAAGAAUAUUUUGAAAUUAGAAAUUCCAUUAGCAGUGCGAGUUUCUGAUGAUAUAUCGCUUAAAACAUACGAUAUUUCCCUGCAAAGGUUAAAAUUGCCAAUAAUACGGAUUCUGAGAAUGCAUGUGAAAUAUAUUCAAAAUUUGGAUGUACUCAAAAAAUAUACUAUCGGAUUCGUAAGCAGACGUAUUAAGCGCUGUCCGCAUUUUCAGUCGUUGUACGAGACUUGUUGUCACCAAAUUGUAUUAAUUGUUUUCAACGAACAACUGUUAACUGAAGAAGCGAAGGACGAAAUCGUCAAAGCAAUAAGCAAAAAUACUGGAAUUAUUCCGAAGUUCGAGAACUUUAUUUUUCGUCCUACGAUAUUCGAUUAUCGCUUAAAUGAUCUCAUUAAAGCAAUGGUACCAAAAGAAUUUAAGUUCCGAGGUUAUAGGAGGAUUGAAGACGUUGUGAUUGUCGAACUAAGCCCACAAAUUCUGCAAAAUGAACAUUACUUAUUAUUAUUGCUGAAAUUACUCUUUUUGAAAUUAUGCACAUUGAAGUUAGGACUACAAAAAUUCAUUUUACGUGGUCUUUUUAGUAUUAUUUAAAUGGUUGUUAAUUACCCAGUGAAAACGUUCUAUCAACUUCAAAGUUGUGAUGCAGAAGUACUCGUUAAAUUUGAAGAUCUUCCACCGAAAUUAUUCUAUGAUAAUACCGCUUCAUUCAGAGUUGAUUUAGAGAAAGUGGUGUGGAAAUCGUGGCUUGGCUUAGAGAUUUUACUGUUAACGAAUCAAUUUUUCAACGAAAACUCGUUCGUUUGCGAUGUUCAUGCUUCUGUGGGUCGAUUUAGUAUAGGUGCAUUAAUGAGAAAAGUACGCCGUUUGCUGGCAAAUGAAAAGGACCGUAAAGCUGUUGAAAUCUUCGCUGCUAAUAUUGCAUUAAAUAGGCUUAAUUAUGGACGCGAUGGAACUUGUGAGAGACCUCAGUCAUACAUAUGCAUUUAUAAUGAACGAUCAUCGACAUUUUUAAAAUAUAUUUUCGUUGUGGAUUUGAUCGAAAGAAUAAAUGAAAUACUGCAGAAGGCAGGAAAACCAAUUAGGACUGUGCAGAAGGCAAAGGGUUUUAAAGUGGUAGGCAGUAAGAGAACAGUUGAAAUACCAAGGGCUGAAAUGGCUGAGACAGUACCUGAUUAUAAAAAAUGUUUUUUGACGUGCGAUAUAUCAAAUAUGACAUUUACAAGCGGAAAAAUAUUCAUGCUUAAUGAAAUAGAAAAUCAGCUCAAUAUUUUAGCGCAGAAAGACUUUUUGUUAAAGCAGUAUUGUUUUUUAUUCUUCCUAAAACAACGAUUAGUGGAUCUCGGGUUACCACAUGAGUGGUUUAUGAUGAAAAUUCCAAUUGAUCCGCAUCACAACGAACCAAUAAGACCGACACGUGCAAUAACAGUAACCAUGUCAGGAAUGGAUAAGCCAUUUAGACAGCCACUCUUCAAGUACCAUUUACCUACCAACGAAGUAAGAGAAAAAGCUUGCCAGCAAAUAAGUUUGCUUGAAGAAAUGCUAUAUCCUGAACGGCAGAAUCAAGAAAAUAAAGACUAUGACGUUGACGAAGAUUAUGAAGCAGUACAUUAUUUCCCUGCUCGUCAAAUCAUUAGUGAAAAUAUAGCAAAUAUUCAAGAUGAAGCAGGACCGUCUGGAAUCAGAAAUAGUAAUGGUGCAGUUGGUCCUGGUCCAUCUUUCAUUAGCUCAGAAGAACCAAGUCUUAUCACGAAUAGGGGCAUUUCAGAAGACAGUUCUUCAGCACAAGAAGGAGUUAGAGCAAUAAAAAAACCUGUUAGUGUGCUUGAGUCGUAUUUAGAACUGAAAAAAAGUGAAAUAAGUCCUGCGAAAUACAGCCUUAAUCCAGAAAUUAUCAGCUUAAUAAAUACUCCAAUAAUAUCAACUGCAUUGUCAUCAUUAAAUAAUUCAGGCGAUAUCAUUCAUUCCAUGAAUUUUAAAGGAAUUAAGCCCAAUGAUUGUGAUUUGCUCCUGGAAUUUGAACUGUUUACACCACAAGAAGAAAAAGAACAUGUGUUGGAUGUAUUAAGAGAUGAAAUGCGUUUAGCAAUGAAGAAUAUCAAUAAACACCGCAGGAGUGAUGUUGAAGUGGCCGGUGACGAUUUUACUAAAUUAAAAGCGUCGCUUGAGCCUAAAAGCUCAUUUUCAGAAGGCCAUUCACCAAACUCUUCUGAGUCAACAUCUUGGGGCUCAUCUGAAUUAUCCGCCACUUCAUAUCAGGCCGCAAAAAGUUCUCCAGUUCGUCCCCCCGUGAUACAACGAGCGGUUGCUGAUUCUACUUGGCAUAGCACAGCCCAAUCAAACGAACAAAGAGACAAGGAAAACGAAAUGGAAGGCUUGAAUGUUCAUAUACUUCUUAAUCAUCCGCCGAAAACUAUGGUACAUUUACAAAGUCUCGGAUUUGUGGUUACAGCGAUUUUUUCUAGAGAAGAAAUUCAAACAUUUAUUUUGGCUGGUUUACCCAUUCCGAUCACUGUUCAUGCUUACGUAAUCGUUCAUCUACUGAUAAACAACACCGAAUCUCUAUUACAGCGUUGCAGAAUUCUUGAUUUAGCCAACGACAGAGUUAAAGAAAAUAUUGGUUACCCACAUAUAAUUAUAAAAGAAUCAGUAAUUGUACAUAUUCUUGGACCAGAAUUAACGUUAUGUCGCGUUUCCUGCUUAUUGGUUUCUGCAAAUGAAUAUACAAAACAUUUAGCGAAAUGUUUCGAAAAUGAAGCAACAGAAGAAAAUCAGUUCAAAAUAAUUGAAGUUUUUCAUGAUUUACAAAGACAAAGGGAAUUUGAAGAAACGAUAAACUCAGAAAAUCACAAGAAAAAUUUUGCCUUUGACCGAAAAAAAAUUAAGGAAAAAAAAGAUAAUGAUGUGAUUAAUUUUUACGCAGUUGUUGCGCCACUUUACAAGAGAGAUUCGAUAUCUUCGCUAAUGAAGAAAGUUGCUGAUUCGAGGCGACAAAUCACGGUGAGCAGGGAUAGCGAACCGACAGCAGCAAUGAAGUACGCAACUGCUUCAACAUCGGAAUCAAAAACGGAAUCAAUGGAACAAAUAUUCCCUAUGCCCCAAAGACUCGAAACUUACCAGCAACCUGAAGAACCUUCACCUGCCAGAGAAGAAGACGAUCAAUGUGAAGAAUUAAUGAAUAUUGAAGAUUAA